AUGAAUAUAAAAAUUAAAUCAUUAGCUAAUGAAUUGUCCGAAAUUAAAAAAAAUUUUGAAAUAGAACGAGAAAAAAUAAAAACAUGUUAUGAGAAGCAAAUUAGAACAAUUCAGCAGCAAGGAUGGGUAAUGUUACAACAACAGAUUCAAGCACAAAAUCAAUAUCUUUCAUUAAUGUCAACUAUGAUGAAAGACAAUUUAUCAGCUAUAGGUGAAUUUGCAACAACAAUAACAUCAUUAAGUGAAAUAAUCAAAUCAAAAUAUACAGAUGAAUCUGAUCGAAAUAAGAUCGAAAUGAUGAAAACAAUGAUUAAUUCAUCUUUACAACAUAUCAAGAAUUUAAAUGAUUCGUUUAUAAAACAAGAAACAAAUUUAAAUUCUAUUAUGAAUAAACAAUCACAGAUAUUUGAAACGACAUUAGAUUGUUUUUUACCAACAAAUAAUGGAUAA